GGAAGUGUCCCAACAGAUAUCUGGACUAGUUGCGGUAACAAAGGACUUGCAAGUCGAACAAAAUAACAUGAGGGAACAAGUUGUGCACAUAUCAAAAGAAUUGGGGGAGAUAAAAAUUCAAACUCAGCGACAAGCCACACCCAUUGAACAAAGAUCGACCGCCGUGGAUCAAACAUCAGCCGGGGAACAGAACUCCAUCCCCGAUACGGCAACAGGAACACAUGACACGACAAACGUAUUUAACGUCCCGGUUCCAGAAAAAGUCAUCAAAACCAUAAAGAACGGUGAGUUUGUUCAAAUGAUUGACAUUUUACCCGCCAAUUUACUGCACGACCAUCAUGAAAAUCCCGAUCCGAUAUUGUCACUUGAAAAUGGCCAACUGCGACAAAAACAAACCAGAAAAAUCAAAAUAAUUGAAAAUUUCUCCCAAUGGCUGAGCGCCUGGAAUAUUUUCGAGGCUAUCAUUGUACAAAAUGCACCACACACCUAUCCUGGAUUAUGUACAUAUCGAAAUAUAAUCCAAGAAGCCGACGCCAAGUUCAAGUGGAACGCCGUCAACGCCUAUGACGUCAAAUAUAGAAGCAAAUUAUCACAAACAAAAAGUCAACAAUUUGGGAAUAUCGACACACAACUAUACGUGACAACGUUCGACUCGACAGCUGUGAAGCAGCACAUCAUCAAAUGUUAUCGCUGUGCAGGAGAUCAUAAGGUCUCCAAUUGCCCGUUUCAAGCGGGGACCACGGUGGCGACGUCGUCGGCGCCGUCUACGACAACAACAACAUACAGCAAGGAUAAGAUUAAAAACGAAAUCUGCAAUAAAUAUCAACAUGGAGAAUGUAAAUAUGGAUCACAGUGCUUCAGAAUUCACAAAUGCCAAGGUUGCGGGGCAAGUGAUAUCCCAAAAUACAAAUGUAAAAAGUGCAUUGGAGGAAAUUAAGCCCUACAAACCAUUGUGCCCAAUAGCUUUAGCCCAUGGCUUAAGAAAUCACCCUGACAAAAAUUUUGUAAAUUAUAUUGUUGAAAAUGCUACACAUGGUGUUAAACUUGGGUACAAUGGUCCAAGGGAAUCCCGUAUUCAUGGAAACUGGAAAUCAGCAUUAGAUAAUAGUGAAGCCAUACAACAAAAUAUCGAUAAAGAAAUGUCCAAA